AACGUAUCAGAUGCGUGGAAAGAAAUUUGACAUUUAAAUAUUUGUUUUCAUUUUCAAUCAUUGUUGUGCAUCAAUUUGUUCUUUGGUUGUAAACAUUAUUUAAAACCUGACAAUUUACACAAGUGUAACCAUGAAUUUGGAGCUCUUGGAGUCGUUCGGUCAAAAUUAUCCGGAGGAGUUUGACGGUUCCUUGGAUUGUAUCUCGUUGGCGGUAACUUGCUCAUUCAACAAAUAUGGAACAUUAUUAGCGGUUGGUUGUAAUGAUGGACGAAUCGUAAUUUGGGAUUUCUUGACGCGGGGAAUAGCUAAAAUAAUAUCGGCACACGUUCAUCCGGUCUGUAGCAUAAGUUGGUCUCGUAAUGGUCACAAAAUUUUAUCAGCCUCAACGGACAAUAAUGUUUGUAUCUGGGAUUUAAUUACCGGUGACUGUGACGGUAAAUACCGCUUUCCAUCGCCAAUACUAAAAAAUCAAUUUGAUCCGCGAAAUGACUUACGAUUUCUCGUAUGUCCGAUGAGAUAUGCUGCCGUUGUGGUGGAAGUCGGCGGUACACAUAAAUGUCUUCCGCUGGACAAUGAUGGUGAUCUGAAUAUAGUAGCUUCAUUCGACCGGCGAGGGAAGUACAUUUACACGGGCAAUGCGAAAGGGAAGAUUCUCGUACUGAAUUCCGAGACGUUAGAGAUUCAGGCCAGUUUUAAAAUAACAAUUGGAACGUCUAGCGUUACCGCAGUGAAAAGUAUCGAGUUUGCCAGGCGUGGAGAUUCAUUUCUUAUAAACACAUCCGAUCGAGUUAUCCGAGUGUACGAUGCCAAAGAGGUAAUCGCAUGUGGGAAAGAUGGCGAACCGGAACCAAUACAGAAGCUUCAAGAUUUAGUCAAUAAAACAACUUGGAAGAAAUGCUGCUUUUCGGGAGACGGCGAAUAUGUCUGUGCAGGAAGUGCUCGACAGCACGCCUUAUAUGUGUGGGAAAAAUCUGUCGGCAAUUUGGUGAAAAUUUUGCACGGCACAAAAGGUGAAUUAUUGUUGGACGUUGUCUGGCAUCCGGUUCGACCAAUAAUCGCCAGUAUUAGUUCCGGUCUGGUGUCGAUUUGGGCACAAAAUCAAGUGGAAAACUGGUCAGCAUUCGCGCCGGACUUCAAAGAAUUGGAUGAAAAUGUGGAAUACGAGGAAAGGGAGAACGAGUUCGAUUUGAAUGAUGAAGACAAAUCGGUUGACUUGUCCGCCGAAGCUAAGCAGGACGAAGAGAUCGAAGUGGAUGUGACGAAAGUGGAACCGAUUGCAGCCUUUUGCAGUUCGGACGAAGAAUUCGAGGAUGAAAAUGCGCUUCAAUUUUUGCCCAUGGCACCGGAAGUUGAAGAUCCAGAAGAUGGUUGGGCAUCGCAGGAUGCUAACAACAGUCAGGACGUGAAUUCGAAGGAAAAUGAUCCGUUGGAUAGUAGUGGCGAACCGGGACCAUCGAAACGCAAGAAAUUGAGCAGCAAUCACGACAUUUCAUUGCAUGAUGCGCCUGUUGAUGAAACUCAUCCGUUGCUGCAAAACAAAUCGAACAAAGAGAAACAAAGUAUUUCGGGAAAGAAAAAUGCUGGACGACCGAGAAAGUGAAUCGUGAAUUUCAUUGAGAUGUUGAGAUGUUUGAGCGCACCAGUCUCCCGGCAUGUACCUGUAGUCGGACAUCUACUGGUCUUUCAUUGAUCAAAUUUUUUAGUGAAUCUAAGAACAAUAUGUGUGUGACUGCUGGUACACGUUCGGAAACUGGUGUCCGGGGAUUCUAAUUCAUAAAUAAUUUUCUUUGGAAUAACAAGAGUAUUCGAUGAAA